ACAAGCGGACGUGACGGAAGAAGAAGAAAGAUCCCAAACACGUGUGGUCUCCUCGCUGUGUCGUGCUCUGACCGUAAACAACUAUCGAUUAUUGACUCUGAUCACACUCAUUGAUCACAAAAUGACUAAAGUGAAGAAGGAGAAAGUUUCCGCGGAAGAGGCCGCCGCCGCCGCCACUGGUGGCGGAAACGAGAAGUCGUACCAGGAGCUGAUUGCUAACGUGAACCCUGUGUCUCAGCCGCUGGCCUCCAGGAAACUCAGCAAAAAGCUUUAUAAGUGUGUGAAGAAAGCUGCCAAAGUGAAGAACAUCCGACGAGGAGUGAAGGAAGUUCAGAAGUUCAUCAACAAAGGAGAGAAAGGGAUUGUGGUUUUGGCCGGAGACACGCUGCCUAUCGACGUCUACUGUCACCUGCCGAUCAUGUGCGAGGACAGAAACCUGCCGUACGCCUACAUCCCUUCAAAAGUGGACCUGGGUUCGUCUGCGGGGUCCAAGCGCCCGACGUGCGUCAUCCUCAUCAAACCACAUGAUGACUAUCAGGACGCCUACGACGAGUGUCUGGGUGAAGUGUCCAAUCUGCCCAAACCCAUCUGAGACACUUCGGCCAAUCAGGGAGUGGCUCUGAGGUCGCCGCCCCCAGUUUAAAGGAACAGUCCGGCCUUUUUGAAGCUAGCUAGGCUAAUAAAAUUGUGAAGAGCAGAGGACGAGGUUUUCUAAAAACAAGGUUUGUUCCUGCAGAAAAUAAAAUAAGACUUUUGUCUCCAGUGAACAAAUCGGAGACGGGACACAGUGAGACGUCUCCCUUCAUUGUCCAUCAUGAAGACGGGUUUUGUUUCUGACUCUCGUACUUUUAUUUUUUAAUUGUUUGAAUCCCUGUCAGACUUUUGUGUUACAAUGAGUUCAUUCUGAAUAUUUUUGUUUUAAUUAAAGAAAACAUGGAAGAGA